AAGUGGGAUAAUUAUUGCAAGUCAAAUCCUAGUCAAACUAAGUCUGCUAAACAAAACACAACUCGGAAACGAUUAAGUUCUCUGCUAUAUAAUCUCGCGGCCCCAACCAUUAUUUACUUCAUCAAUCUCAUACUUCUCUCACUGCCUAGAUUUCCUCUCGCUUCCUUAAAGAAUUUUCGACUCUUUUGUUGGGAUAAUAAAAGAGGAAACAUGUUGGUUUAUCAGGAUCUUCUCUCAGGCGAUGAGCUUCUCUCUGACUCAUUCCCGUAUAAGGAAAUAGAGAAUGGGAUGCUGUGGGAAGUAGAAGGGAAGUGGGUCAUUCAAGGGGCCGUUAACGUCGAUAUUGGGGCGAACCCUUCUGCUGAAGGUGGUGACGAAGACGAAGGUGUUGAUGAUCAAGCUGUCAAGGUUGUGGACAUUGUAGACACUUUCCGGCUUCAAGAGCAGCCUCCUUUCGACAAAAAACAGUUCAUAGCAUACGUGAAGAAGUAUAUCAAGAACUUGACCCCGAAGCUUGAACCUGAGAAACAAGAGCAGUUCAAGAAGGGCAUUGAAGGAGCUACAAAAUACCUUGUCUCAAAGCUAAAGGACUUUCAAUUCUUUGUUGGGGAAAGCAUGCACGAUGACGGGACAAUGGUGUUUGCAUACUACAAGGAAGGCGCGACUGAUCCGACUUUUCUGUAUUUGGGUUAUGGCUUGAAGGAGGUCAAGUGCUAGCUGAUGAAGCAGAAGUUCAUGUUUUGAUUAUAUUCAUAGUUAAUAUUAGGCUAGAUCAGUUUAAUUUGGGUUUAACUACGUAGUUCUAUUUUUAAGUUUUAAUGAUUUUGUUGGAUUUUUUGAGUUGUGCUGUUUUAGUUGAUAAUCAAAGUUUACUAUUAGCUA